ACCUCCACAAAGAUCCAGGUGAUGCUGCAGUUGUAGCUGCAUCCAUCCCACCGUUUCCUGGACUUGCCAUUGGAAUGAAGAAGGAGAUAUCUAAGCUGGCCUGUGCAUACAGUAAAACAACAAAUUUGACUGGAUCUAUAAUGUUGGAACUCAACCAAGAAUUAGGAGAAGUGCAAGUUGUAGCACUCCCUCGUCGGCUUGUUCUGCGGUUCCGGCCGGCGGACGGCUGUGCUGCCGGCCCGCUGAGCUCCGUAGCUGCGGAGCUGCUGGGCUGCCGAGCUGCUAAGUCUGGCGUUCAGAGCCGCGGAGCGCGGCGAGAUUUCGCACCGUCCGUGUUGGGCUAUUUCAUUGGUAAUCAGCGGAUUGCUCGGGCAAGAGGCGGUAGGAACGAAGGACUAAGGAAGGAGACUCUGGCCCACGGCCGCCAUGCUCUGAGUGGCUUCCUCCUCUGCUCGCUACUUUUGGGAGAAGAUGGUCACUGGACUGUAAGUACCCGAGGCGAAGAGAGCUCACUGCUCCCGGCUUUUGAAUAUCUUUUGUUCCGAAAGAGUUUGUGGAUUGGGAGCGUCUGCCGGAUAUUACUUUCCUGUACCGAAAAUCACUCCGCGGGAGCCGCCUUUUUGUUUUCCUUCUCGGUUUCUCUGCGUUGUCCGGCAGCGGCAUCUAGAGGUUGGAACUUGGCAUUGCAGCUAAUAGAUUUAAACGAACCUAACUGACAAGCCAGUAUGUCUGUAACGACUCAUAUUCAGUCAC